CAGAAAGUCAAGGCAUUAAAAAUAUGUUUUAUGAAGUAGCAUAUAGAGGAUUCAAUAAUUAUAUUAUUGAAUUAGAAUUUAAUAUGAAUAUCAGGGAUUUUCAAAAAAUCAUUGUGAAGAUAGAUAUAA